CCGCAGCGUUUGCAAACAUCGCUGCCCUCGCCUGCCCUGCCUUUUUCCUUCUCCUCCCCUAAAAACUGCCGCGGGGCCCCACAGCUCCCUGUUCUCUGCUGUCACCCUCCUGGCUUCACUUUCCCGGCGCAGAGCAGCUCCGUGCCAGGAUGGCCAAUCCAGACACCUACCUGCGUCAGCCCUGGCUCACAGUGCACGGCAUCCCAAUGGUCAAUGCCUUUGCCCACAACUGGGAGCGCAUCGACACGUUCCAGAGCCGCCCGGAGGACAUUGUUGUGGUCACCUUCCCCAAAUCUGGCACCACCUGGGUCACGGAGAUUGUGGACAUGAUCCUGCAAGGCGGCGACCCUGAGAAGUGCAGACGGGACAUUAUUAGCAGGAGGGUGCCCAUGCUGGAGUUCUCUGCACUUGGGGAAAUGCCAGCAGGGACAGACCUGCUGGCCACCAUGCCCUCGCCCCGUGUGGUGAAGACCCACCUGCCCACACAUGUCCUGCCCAAAUCCUUCUGGAAAAAACACUGCAAGAUGAUCUACGUGGGGCGCAAUGCCAAGGAUGUGGCUGUCUCCUACUACCAUUUUGACCUGAUGAACAAGUUCCAGCCACACCCUGGGACUUGGUCCCAGUACCUGGAGGAGUUCAUGGCUGGCAGAGUGGCAUAUGGCUCCUGGUAUGACCAUGUCAAGGACUACUGGGAGCGGAGGAAGGAUCACCCCAUCCUCUACCUCUUCUAUGAGGACUUGAAGGAGGACCUCCACCGGGAGAUUGCCAAGGUGGCCCAGUUCCUGGGGAGGGAGCUGCCGGAGGCAGCCCUGGAUGCUAUCGCCCGACACACCUCCUUUGAGGCCAUGCGGGACAACCCCACCACUAACUACACCAUGGUACCCUCCCACCUCAUGGACCAUGGCAUCUCUCCCUUCAUGCGCAAAGGCACCACUGGAGACUGGAAGAACCACUUCACUGUGGCCCAGAGCGAGCGCUUUGACCAGGACUACGCACAGAAGAUGUCGGGCACCGACCUGCGCUUCCGCACCCAGAUUUGAGAUGGUGCCAUCAAGUGCCCCCCAAAACCAACCCACCCCCACCAGUCUCACUCCCUGGUGACAGCUCCAGCACUGGCGCCUGCCCAUUUCUCACUGGUCUCCCCACACCACAGGGACUUCUGCAAAAAUAAAGAGUUUCAUUUCUGCAUUUUCCUUCCAAA